AUUCCAUGUGCAUCAAUCACCUCUUCCCACUUCUUAUUAUUUUACAGAUUUAUAAAGUAUAUAACUUCCAUAUCUUUUCUUUCAAAACAAUCUAAGAUUGUACUUUGAUGUAACAACCACCCACCCCACUGCUACUCCCCUACCCCCUCUCAGCCAUAUAUAUUCUUCUUAAAUUCAUCUAUCUUUUCCCUGAGUUUGAGGAACAAAACUAAACAACACCAUUCUUAAACUUUCUCAUUCUUUUAAUUUGUGGCUAUAAGUUUAAUUUGGUACAAUUAUUCAAGAUGAGUAAUACUUCUAGUCCUACACCUUGUAGUAGAUCAUGGUCAAUUAGUGAGGACUCGUUGAGAAGAUAUGUGUUCUAUGCAAGUGAAAAUUGCAUCCAAGAGUUGUUAUCAGCUUCAGAUUCAAAAAGUGGGAAUAAUGACGGCUGGAAAAUACUUGGGUUAGAUAACGGCGUGGAGAUAUCGAAACGCCGUUCAGGUUCACUUCACACUUUCCGUAGCCGUUGGUUGCUGAAAUCCGUAUCUCCUCAACAGUUUAUUACUGUGGCUAAUGCCAUUGAUGCUGCUAGGCAAUGGGACAGAGAUUUAGUAGAAGCAAGAUACAUAAAGGAUCUAGAAGAUAACCUGAGUAUUAUACGGCUUAGAUUUGGGGACAAUUCAAAGCCUCUCUUCAGAAACAGAGAAUUUAUUGUCUACGAACGUCGUGAAACUAUGGAUGAUGGAACCCUGGUAGUAGCAGUAGCUUCUUUGCCUAAAGAAAUAGCAGCAGGGUUGCACCCAAAGCAAAGCAAUGCAAUUCGAGGCCUAUUGUUGCAAUCUGGAUGGGUAGUUGAGAAACUUCACGAUGACUCUUGCAUGGUUACUUACGUUGUCCAGCUGGAUCCAGCAGGAUGGUUACCAAAAUGCUUUGUGAAUCGUUUCAACACAAAAUUGGUUAUGAUAAUUGAUAACCUUAAAAAGCAAGUGCUCUCAGCUAGCCCUACCAAUAGUGAUGAUAGUACUUGAUUACUACUCUGUACAAACAAAUAAAAAACACAAAAAAAAGCGGAAGAAAAAGUGAGUAAUAUUAUAUAGUUUUGAAUAUAUAAAUAUGAACUUCUUUGAUCAUAGUGAAAUCCCUAAUCUCCCAUACCCGGUCGACAAGGUGGGUUGUUCUGAUGGUAAGCACCCCCACUUCCAACCAAGAGGUUGUGAGUUCAAGUCACCCCAAGAGCAAGGUGAGAAGUUCUUGGAGGGAAGGAUGCCGAGGGUCAUUUGGAAACAACUUCUCUACCCCAGGGUAAAGGUAAGGUCUGCGUACACACUACCAUUCCCAAACCCCACUAGUGAAAUUAUACUGAAUUGUUGUUGUUGUUGUCGUCCCUUACUCCCAGUCCGGAGGACCAUGCAUCUUAAUUUUUACUAAGAAAAGUUUUGAAAUUUUGAAUCAUAACAUUUGUAAAUAUGUAACCAUUGAUAGCUAUAUAGCAUGAAUGAAUUGGUGGAGUUUCCAAUAUCAUAAGUAUAUGCGAAUAUUGUUGAAAGUUGAAAAGACAAUAUGAUGGCAGGAGCAUCUUUAUAUAUAAGGAUCCAUUCAUUAA